UCGCACAUAAAAAAGUCUAAUGACACUUGCUGACUCUUCUGCGAGAAAUUACUAUAUAAAAAAGAAACUUAAGGCUUUUUGUUGUUAUUUUAUUCUUACAGAACAGUAACGAAAAUCAAGCAGAAGAGUAGAAGUGUCACAAUAUAAUUCUAAUUUAUUGAGGUUAUGUUAUAAUUGUUGUGUCCCUUUUUUUAAAAAAAGAAAAGGAAAAAAAGACAAAUUUCGUUCAUAGUAAAAUUUAUUUUAAAAAUUUAUUUACAAACUUAUUCAAUAUUUAAAUAUAAAAAAAAUGCGUGCUGUGAAAAUUCAAUAAACCGAUUUAUUACAAAAAUAUACAGUUACGUCCUACUUUGUGAGCAGAAACGUGGAAGAAAAUGCUCUCGCUCAAGUAGAUAAGAUUACAAUUAUUAUUUAAAAUCUAUUUAGAAAAAUAUUUUCAUACGAAUAUUUUUUUAAAGGCUGAAGUAACGGAUUAUUUUGUAAAAAAAGGAAAAUGAAGAUGCCAACGAAGAAUGUAACACAGUGGACAUCGGAGGAUGUAUCGAUAUGGUUAAGAGAAAUUGGCCAAGGAAGAUUUUCCAAUCUUUUUCACGAGAUUCACGACAUCGAUGGAAAGGCACUUUUAACAAUAAAGGAAGAAGACUUAAAAUCAAUGAAUAUCAAUAAAAUUGGCGACAUUAAGAGGCUAUAUAUCAGUAUCAAACAAUUGCAAAGAGAUAAUAUUGCCCUUCUCUUUGAAUUGGGUCACAUAGACUUAUUUUCAACGACUAAUUUUUAUUCACAACAGAGACCAGAGAUUCCUAGUACAAGUGGUGGAAAUAAUGAGGGUUCGAUGGAACAUGAAUUUUACUCAGCUUCCGUUUCGGAAGACGGUCACGCAUCUCAUCUACCUCCGGAAAUAUGGAAGGCGUUCAUUAGUUUAGCAUAUUUAUUUAUUGUCACUUGGAUUACUGCCUUUGUGAUGGUGAUUGUACAUGAUCGUGUGCCUGACAUGAAGAAAUAUCCCCCUUUACCUGAUAUCUUCUUGGACAAUGUGCCCCAUAUUCCAUGGGCUUUCGAUAUGUGCGAAGUUACCGGAACGGUACUUUUUGCCAUUUGGUUGAUUGUUCUCAUUUUUCACAAAUAUAGGUUUAUUUUAUUGCGAAGGUUUUUCGCUCUUUCUGGCACAGUCUUCCUAUUGAGAUGUGUUACAAUGCUUAUCACUUCAUUGUCAGUACCAGGUGCUCAUUUGCAGUGUCAUCCAAGAAGCACUCAUGAAGAAUGGAAUUGGACUGCGUACGGAGAACUUUAUAAUAAAAUAGCAAUGGCAUACGAAAUUUGGAGAGGUGCUGGAAUGUCAAUUCAAGGAGUAAGAACUUGCGGUGAUUACAUGUUUAGCGGACACACUGUGGCAUUAACUAUGUUAAACUUUUUUAUUACUGAAUAUACACCGAGACAAUUAUAUUUUCUUCAUACAUUCACGUGGAUGCUCAAUAUGUUUGGUAUAUUUUUUAUUCUAGCUGCACACGAGCAUUAUUCAAUUGACGUGUUCGUUGCAUUCUAUAUAACAUCGCGAUUAUUUUUAUAUUAUCAUACAUUGGCAAAUAAUCAGGCAUUAAUGCAACGCGAUUCAAAUCGAACGAGAAUAUGGUUUCCUUUGUUUAGCUUUUUUGAAUCAUCAGUCGAUGGUAUUGUACCAAAUGAAUAUGAAAACCCGUCCGUGAUAAUUGUUAAUUUAAUAUUUACAAUUCGAGAAACGUGGAAUUAUUUUCUAUUGAAUUUAUCAACUCGAUGUCCACCAUUAAAAGUCAAUGGCGACGUGAAAACACCUAAAAAAUCGAAUUAAACGAAUUCUUUCUCUCUGUCUCUCUCUCUCUUUCUGUCUAUUCGAAAAUCAAGAUUUAAAUAUAGGAUAAUUUCUUUUUCAAAAUCGGUAUUAUAUUGAAUACUAUUUUUUUUCUCGUGGUGUUAUUGUAUGAAAAUUAGUGCAAUAAUUUUAUGAUACUCAAUGAGCAUUAUUUUUUUUUGAAAAAUUGAAAAACUUGACGUAAAAUAGUUUCGUUUUUCAAUACAUUUAAUGCUCAUUUUAGUUUUUUGUUCCUAAGAAUUAUUAAAUUUUGUAGUUUUAACGAUCUCUAACGAUCAAAAAUGACGAUUAUUGCAAGGUAUUCAGCAAUAAUAAUUGUUUGCCAAAAUGUCCAAUUAAAAAAAAAAGAAAUUGGUCACUGAUAAAAAAAAACUGUGCUCGAAUUUAAUUUUUCUACAUAGGCAUAAAAAGACAAUUUUUUCAUUGACCAUAUUAUAAUAAGAAAAAAGUAUUAAAAGAAGAAAAAAAUUUAGAAAAGAGAUAUAUUUUAAAAAUGGAAACUGAAAUGACUGUAAAAAAUAUAAAUUUUUUUUUCUUUUUUUUUAAAUUAGUUAUGAAGUUUAUCGCUAACAAAGAACUGGAUGUUAUUAAAAUAUUGUUUUUAUAUUUUAAAUAUUGAAGCGUACGAAAGAUAGUUAGAAAAAAAAAUGCUGUUUCUUAAUACUUGUUUUCUCCUGGCAAGAGCAGUUAAUUACAUUAAUUACAAUUGUUUGAAUUGUAUUAAAAAAACAAAAAAUUAAGAUUGUUCACCGGCUACAAUUUUUCGCACAAGUUAAUAAUGAAAAUUGAAGACUAAAUAGGACGUUUUUUUAAGCGUAAAAAUUUCAAUUUAUUAUAUAAAUAAAUUACAUUCAAUUUUGUUUCUAUAUUGUUUAAAUAAAAUAUUGUUCAGUCGAAAAAUAUUAUUUUGCUCUUAUUAAUUAUAUGUUUCGUUUAGAGUAUAAAAUUUUGGUAAAGAAAGUAAUAAGGGAAACUUCCUUAAUAGGUGAAUUUCGAUAAAAGAGCCAUUUGGAAAAUCGCACGAACGACUAAAAUUUUACAAAUGGUUUUCUUUUUUUUUUUGGAAAAAAGCUUUAUGGUUGUCUUGUCAUUAAGGAUAGUAAAUUUUUCAAGUUGUAUAUUAAUAGGCAAUUAUAUUACAUUCGAGUUUUGAACGAAGCUAAUGACAAAA